ACCUCUGCAGCAGUCUUUGUGUUUUUUGAUAACAUGGACACCAAGUACAAGUUACUGACAAGCCAACACACCAAAGCAGAGUUGUUUUUAGUGGGUAACCCAUUGAGCAAGGGCUUUAACAUGGACACUUUAAAGAAAACAGCAGCAGAAUUUAACCUGAAGAAAAGCAACAUCAUCCUGAAGACCAAACAGAUGAAUGAUGCAGACUUUGUGAAGAACUUGCGAAGAGCAGUUGGUGAAGUUAUCAAAAGUUCAAAGGUCAAGAUGCCGUUGGAGCAGAUGGCUGAAGUGGCACACGAGCUUGGGAUCUUGGUUGAUGAGGACUGCCAAGAAUGUCAGAAAGCCAAGCAAAACGCUGAUGCAAUCACAUCACAAAUUCAUGACACACCAAAAUAUAAGGAAAGAGAGCUAGCUUUGCAAGGACAGAUUUGGAAGGAGUUGGCAUGUUUAGAGAAGGAAGAAUGUAGGCUACGGAAAGCUGGGGAUCAGAACAUUGAGAUUUACAAAAGUGAACUGCUAGAAAAGAAGACACUUCUUCGGGAACAGCAAAGGAGGUUUGACGUAUCAGAUGCAAUGACCUGCUUCAUAAAUGCAAUAUCUACCACCAGGCUAGAGAGGUCCUACUUUUUAAAAUGGAUGCGUAUUAACCUGGAUAAUCUGUGUCGUAAAAACCUUUCUGGACUUAGGGAGCUGUAUAAAGAGAAAACACAGAAUUCAUUAGAAAAUAAAGAAGAAAUUGCAUUCAUUGAUAGACAGAUUUCAAAUAGUUCUUUGGGAAUUGAACAUUUCGUACGGGAAAUGGGUCAACUGUACGAGUCUGCAGUCUUACUCAGAGAAACUGAAGAGUCACGGAAACAACUGCAGCACCUGCCCAGAUUAUGUGCUGAGUUACUUCUGGAUGGCUUUCCUUUAGAGCUGGUGGAUGGAGACGCAUCUAAUAUACCUCUGAAAUGGGUGAGUGAUGUGCUACAUGAGCUCAAUGUCUUGGUUCUGCCCAAGAACAAAAUCCUGGUGAUAACCGUUCUAGGUGUUCAGAGUACAGGAAAGUCAACUCUACUAAACACAAUGUUUGGAGUGCAGUUUGCAGUUAGUAGUGGCAGAUGCACAAGAGGCGCCUUCAUGCUGCUCAUCAAAGUCAAACAGGACUUUAAGAAGGUGCUAAAUUGUGACUUUUUACUAAUCAUUGACACUGAAGGCUUGAAGUCACCAGAACUUGCACAGCUUGAUGACAGCUAUGAGCAUGACAAUGAGUUGGCCACUCUAGUUGUUGGACUUAGUGAUGUCACAAUAAUAAAUAUAGCCAUGGAGAACUCAACCGAGAUGAAGGAUAUCCUGCAGAUUGUGGUUCAUGCUUUUCUCCGGAUGAAAGAAGUAGGAAAGAAACCAAAGUGUCAGUUUAUCCACCAGAAUGUGGCAGAUGUCUCGGCACAUGACAAGAACAUGAGAGACAGGAAAAUACUUUUGGAGCAAUUGAACGAGAUGACCCAGGCAGCAGCCAGAAUGGAAAAUAAGGAGGAGAACAAGAGCUUCACUGAUGUUAUGGAGUACAACCUAGAAACUGGUAACUGGUACAUCCCUGGACUUUGGCAUGGAAAUCCUCCAAUGGCACCUGUCAACUCUGGGUAUAGCGAGUCUGUCUACGAGUUAAAAAAGAAUAUGAUCGAGAUCUUCCAGAAAUGUGAAGCCUCUGGAAACAAUAUUGUGGAAUUUCAGGAGUGGACCAAAAGCCUAUGGAGUGCUGUGAAGUACGAAAACUUCAUAUUCAGCUUCAGAAACAGCCUGGUGGCCGAUGCCUACAUGAAGUUGUGCAUUGAGUUCAAUAAAUGGGAAUGGUCAUUCAGGAAGAGCAUGCACACAUGGAUGAUUAAUGCUGAAACCAAAAUUUACAACUUUGGGACAAUAGCAAUGAAAUCUCAGACAGGAGACAUGACAGAUUUUCUUGUUCUCUUGAAACAUGAUUCCUCAAUUGAACUUGUGAAAUGGGAGAAGACCCUCCUUGACAACCUGACCAAGUACUACAAACACACAGAGGGCCAUGUCUAUCUAGUAGAAAGAUACAGAGAAGAUUUUGCAAACAGCAUCAGAUGUAUCAAAAGAGACAUAGAAAACGAUGUAUUGAGUAAACUAGAAGCUGCUGUUCAGAUUCAACAAGGAAUGAACCAGCUUGACAAAAUCAAGAAAAAACACAUAGAUGUGAUGGAGAAAAGGGUGCUGAAGUUGCUGGAGGACUGCAGACAGAACCAAAGUCAGAGGUCAGGAAAAGAGCUUGAUAUAGAAUUUGAAAAGGUAUGGAAGGAAACUGUUCAUGAGCUCUCUUUUACAGAACUGAAGAAACAAGACAUUGUAAGCAUUGUUUUCAAGCAGUUACGGUCUAACAUGAUGCAGAAAGGAGGUUCAGUGAAUGAAAAGCUAAGCAAGGUCACACUUAAAGAUCAAGGCAUAAAACCAUUCAGAGUCACUCCAAAUGGGCUCUUUAAGAAAAUGAUAACAGGUUUUUACAUUGAUGAACAAACACGACAAACCCAGAUCAUGGCAGAGAACCUCAUAGUGAAAUGCAACCAAUUUGUUAAUGAGAAGAAUAAAAAUAAGUCAGAUUACCAUGAAACUUACAUACAAGAAAUCCUACAGAUAAUAGAUGGACAUUUGAAUGCUAACAAACAUCUUGGGACAAGCGAUACAUUUGAACUCUCUAUUAAAUUGCACAUUUGUGGGAAAGCAUCCAGGGCUUUCCAAGAAAUGCAUGAACGGUUCAUACAACACAACAAUCCCCGUAUGUGUCUUGAACAGUUCAAAGGCAAAUACUUAGCAGACUUCAAAGACUUGUACUGUGGACAAGAUCAGUGUCAGAAGAAAGCAGCAGAUUUUACCAACCUCUGUCUCAGACCAGCAGUAAAAGCCUAUGUUGCCAGUUCCCUGGGUCCAGAAAUUGUUGACGAAAUGCUGACAGGACAGAAUGCCUUUCAAUUCAGCUCCCGGGCCUUUUUUCAGUAUACUAUUCUGAAACAACUGCUAUCAGAAUUCAAAUUUGCCAACUAUGUGAAGUACAUUUCUUGCUAUGAAGUGUUUGUGAAAAACUGGAUUUUGGGUGAAAUAUUGAAACGUUUUUCUGAAGGGAAUAAAAUGUUCCAGUUAGAAAAUUGCCAACUUAAAGAAAUUAUCAGACUCAUCACUGAGGCAAUUGCAAAAGCACAAACAAAUGAGAAUGUCAAAAUAAGGGAAUUCAUAAAAAAUAUAUGCAAGGAACUUGGAGAGAAGCUCGUCAUUCCCCAAGCUGCUUUGGAAGCUACAAUGAUCCUCAACCAUUCAAACCAGAAACAGUUUGCCCACUGGCUCAUUAAAUCUGUUGAGGAAAUGGAAAAGUCUGCGAGAGAAGAAUUCCAACAAGCAAGAGAUGUAGCUAUGAAAUUGGAACAGAUGAAGAUUAAACCAGAGAAUAUUCUAUUCACAAGACUAUUUGGCUGUGGAAAGCAGUGUCCAUUCUGCAAGGCACCAUGUGAGGCAGGAGGAGAGGCCCACACAAACCACUGUGCCUCAGUACACAGACCACAGGGACUUGGUCGGUUUAGGUUUGUGAGAUCAGAAAAACUUGUGACUGAUAUCUGCUCUUCCUGUGUGUUCAGCGAUAUCUACUUUGAAUGCUGUGAAACAAAUGGAAAGCCGCACCCUUAUAAAAAAUACAGGGAAAUCUUCCCUGACUGGCAUAUUCCUGCCGACGCCAGCAUAGAUGCCUCAGACUACUGGAAAUAUGUUAUGGCAAAAUUCACCAAUGACUUUGCCAAAGAGUAUAAUGCAGAGGCGGCAGAAAUUCCUUUUGCUUGGAAACAGAUCACAAAGAAACAGGCGGCAAAAAGUCUCAAAGAGUCUUUCAGCAUCAAGUGAUAGCCUAUAUCUCAAAGAGGAGUUGCAAAACAAGGAGUACAAAUGUGUUGGAUCAAAUGCAAAAUACAUAGCCUUCAAGAAGCCAUUUUAAUUGUUAUGUCUUUUACUAUAAAAAAUAUUGUUCUGAAUCAAGCCAUGGUCUUUGCCAUCUGCUUCACAGCAAAAUAGAAUAUUAUCUUAAUUAAAGAUUAUUGGAAUGGGUGGCCAAGGUCAAGAAUGCUGAAAGAAGAACCCCGCUGAAUAAGAUUCACACAUGGAAGUAUAUAGAUUGUGAAAAGAAAUACCUGAAGACAGAUCUUUCAAAGGUUUUAUGGACAGAUGAAAUGAGAGUGACUCUUUAUGGACCAGAUGGAUGGGCCUGCGGCUGGAUCACUAACGGACACACAGCACCAUUUCAGUCAGGCACCAGCAAGGUGGAGGAGGGGUACUGGUAUGGGCUGCAUUCAUUGAGGAUGAGGUAGUUGGACCUUUUGGGUUGAAAAGGUCCAACAAAGGACCAACUCAACUCCCAUACCUACUGCCAGUUUCUGGAAGAUACUUUCUUCAAGGAGUGGUACAGGAAGAAGUCCUC